AUGCAGCAGAGUGCUGUAUCAAGUAAGGCACAAAGCACAUCAGGUUCAGGCAGUUCACACUUUGGAUGGUUGGUGCAGAAGACAAUGGGGCUUGUUUCGAAAUCUCACCGCCAGGCAAAGCUAGGGGAACAGAACAAGUUCUACUAUGAUGAGAAGCUGAAGCGGUGGGUGGAAGAAGGUGCUGACAUCCCUGCUGAGGAGCCCCCACUUCCCCCACCUCCGUCAAAAGUGCCAUUCCAGAGCAGCGUUCCACAUCCCAACUCGAAUGCUCCUCCCACUGGUGGAGAUUAUUCCCCAAAUCCCCCGGAGCCUAGUUCCGGGAUGCCACCGAUGCCACCCACCCAGAACCAGUUCUCAGCACGUGGAAGAAUCGGUGUUAGAUCAAGAUAUGUGGAUACUUUUAAAAAAGGUGGUGGUGGUGGUGGCGGUGCAAAUGCCUUUGGAGCAGCGACAUCAUAUAGCAAACCAGCGGCUCAAUCUAUGAAUCCAAUGUCUGGUGCGAAGUUCUUUGUGCCAACUCCUGCUACUAUUGCUUCAGAACAGAAGGCUGAGCCAGGUGCCCACAGUGAAACCACCCGACAGGAUGAACCAUUGUCCUCAGCAGCAAUGGAGACAGCAUUCAGUUCGCCGCCACCACUGAUACAGAUGCAGUCAACCAUUCAGCGGUACCCAAGCGGUGACGGCAUUCCGCGGUACCCAAGCGGUGACAGCGUUCAGCGGUACCCAAGCGGUGAUAACAUUCCGCGGCACCCAAGCAGUGACAACAUUCAGCGGUACCCAAGUAUGGACAACAUUGUGUCCCCCUCAGGCAGCGUUAACAGCGCAAUGUCAAGGUCAAGAGCGUCGUCAUGGAGCGGAACAUUACCAAAGCAGUUGAGCAGCACUGCUGCUACCAGGUCACCUGAUGGACAGAUCAUGCAGUCACCAUCGAUGCCUGGAAAAAGACCUCCACACAGCCGUUCCAGCAGCACUUCUUCCGCCCAGUUCAAUGGUUUGGGUGAGGAACUUCACGAGGUGGAGCUCUGACACUUGGCCGCAGAUUUUGCCUUUUUGACCAUCAUGUGAUUUAUUACUAGCUGGGAUGUGUGUCUAGAAAGCAAAGCAAAGGAAAUUAAAGGAAGAAAAAAAAAGAGGGGUGUCCCUUUUCAAUUUUUACAUGAGAAGCCUGUGGAUGCCGCUGCAUUGUACAGAUAGUUCACUCGUUCACCAGAUGAAAAAUGUAUAAGAAGAGACGUAGGUUCAAGAUAGGAAGUUGUAGAAAGGCUGACAACACCUCUUUUGUUUUGUGCUAAACACUUGAAGAUUAAAACCAUGAUGAUUCAUCAUUGUUAAGAUGGAAAAACUUGGACAAAUAAGGCCUUGUGGCUGGUAACCCGUAACCUCAAUAAUGUUGGUUCGCAUCUUGUUCAUCCA